AUGUGCUUUGCCAAGAAGCACAAGAAAAAAGGCCUGAAGAUGAUGCAGGUCAACAAUGCAAAGGCAGUGAGUAUACGUCCAGAGGACAUAAAGGCCCUUGUGAAGCCUUCGGCCAUCAAGCCCAAGAUGCCAAAGGGCCCCAGCUGCAAACUCAGCCGUCUGGCUUUCAUCACUCACCCUAAGCUUGGGAAGCAGAUUCAAAGCUGCACGGCCAAGGAUGAUAGGCUCUGCCAACCAAAGCCCAAAGUUUUAACCAAGGCACAAGCCAGAGCUCCAGCUAAGGCCCAGGCUUCAGCUCCAGCUCAGGGUCCCAAAGGUGCCCAGGCCCCCGAGAAGACCCCAUAG